AUGUUAGCUAUUAAAAUAAUCUUAAUUGUUCUUCAUUUUAUUUUGUAUAGUGUUAUUCAAUUACCAAGUGGUUCAUUUAAAUCACCAGCUGAAGCAGCUGAAAGUUAUUUAGAAAAAUUAGAAAAAGGUGGUGCCAAAAAAACUCGUCCAUUUCAAGUUGAUCUAGUCAGUUAUAGUCCAUCAAUAACAAAUUCUAAAACAGUUCAUGUUCUAUCUCAUUCGGAAUAUCCAGCAUCAUCAUUUGCAUUUGCUGAACAAUCUAAUAGUCAAAUGCUUGUUGCUGAUAAUACAUUUAUUGCAUUAAUGAAUAAAUUAAAAACAUUACGUGCAUUUGAAACACGUUUACCAAAAAUGGAAGCACGUGGUACACGAUUAGAAUAUCAAGAUUUUGUUAUUAAUCUUGGAACUGUUAGUCAAUCACAAACAACCAAAGGAUUAGUUCUUGAGGUCGCAUAUGUUCCAAUGGAUGAAACUCGUGAUGGUUAUUGUUUAAUUCAAGAAUUUUUACAAUCAUUUCUUAAUAUGCCAAAACAAAUGAUACAAAAAUUAAUCACUGAACAAUUAAGUCAUUGGAUACGAUCACUUAAAGAUAAAAAAGAUGCAGAAUAUACACCAUCCAUAACUUUAUUGCAAUAUAUGGAUAUUCUCAUUCAUAUGAGAAAACAACCUAAUGAAUAA